AUGAUAUACCACCACCACAACCCUCCCACCCAUCACCACCGCCCGUCACCACCACACCUCCACCUUUACCACUCAUCGCCACCACACAUCACCAUACGCCGCCACCACCCAUCAAAAACAUCACCAUCACUACCCACCAUCCUACCUGUCACCCCUACCACACUUUACCACCAUUACCUAUCACCACCCACAACCACCAAGAACCAACUAUCACCCAUGACCACUAUCACCAACAAUCCACCACCAUUACUACCACUCACUGCCCCCACCCCUACUCAUCACCACCAGUUACCACCCCCACCUCUACCAUAUCCACCACCUACCACACACCACCACCCAUCUCCACCACAUGACCACGACUUGCUACCUACAACCACCAACACCAUAUGUGAUUAA